AUGCCGUGCACUUUGUGGGAUUAUGACGACGUGCCUCGUUGCAUGCGUGAGUCAGUUACUUACCACUACACGCUCAGUGUGGCUGCUGCGUCGUUGGCAAUUCUCUUGGUGAAGAAAGGUACUUCGCUUGUGAAAUCAAAGUCGGUUCAUCUAGACUCCGCCUCCGACAACGAAAACAGACCGUUACUUGCAUCUCCCGAUGCCUACGGUGCCAUUGGUGGAGACUCCUCCGUGGAAGCGCUGAAAUUAUCCUUGAAAGAAAGACAUUUUGACUUGUCGAAUUUGGUCGACACAAACGACGAUGGUACUCCUCACGGAAUAGUUGAAGAGGUUCCCAAGAAGCUCGGCGACAGAAUCCGUGUAUCUCUUGAAUACGUGGCGGUUUCAUUGCAGUUGGUGAUGGCAAUCGCCACCCUCUUCAUUCGUGACUUUUCCAAAGAGUGGAAAUCUCCAUUCGUGGCUCUUACCGUGGUAUUCUACUGGACUUACGCGUUCGCCUUGUGUAGUGUGAGAGUGGCAAACAUCCUGAAGGUUCGUGUGCGCUUGCCUUCUUUGUGGGCCCAUUCUACGGCGUUAUACUUAUUCCAUUUCAUGUCUAGUGUGGUUUUCUUCAGAUCCGCCAUCAUCGGUCACAUUAAGAGCAAACCAGUUACUGUUUUCUAUGAGGCAGAUUUUAUUCUCACCCUGUUGUUGGUUUUCUUGAAUGUUACUGCCAAUGUUGGCGACAAACCGGCUAAAAUCUAUGUGACUUCCGAUGGUGUCAAGCCAUCGCCUGAAAACAUCUCCAGUCUCUGGUCUUUCUCCACUUACUCGUGGAUCGACCCCAUGAUUUGGAAGGCUCACAAGACGCCUUUGGCCAAGGACGAUAUCUGGGGCUUGCGUGAAGAUGACUAUGCCAUGUACAUUCUCAAACUGUUUGAGAAAUCGAAGAAAAGAGCUCGUUUCACGUACAAAUUGUUUGCCCACUUCAAGGUAAUGUUUGCUCUCCAGGCACUCUGGGCACUCUUGGAAUCUUUCCUUGUAUUCUUGCCAACCGUUCUCUUGAAGAAAGUCUUGGAGUAUGUGGCCGACCCAUCUGUCACCACUAAGAGUAUGGCCUGGUGUCUUGUUUUGCUCAUGCCAAUUUCCAAAAUGGCUGACUCAACAUCUUCUGGCUUUUCUUUGUUUCUUGGAAGACGUGUUUGUGUCCGCAUGAGAGCCAUCAUCAUUGGUCAGGUUUAUGCCAAGGCCUUGCGUAGAAAGAUUACUGCUCAAGAGGUUGAGGGCGACGAAUCCAAGACUACCGUAGAUGGUUCUGAGUCGAAUACGGAUUCUAAGACAAAGGAAUCCAAGUCAAAGGAUUCUAAGGAUAAAGACACCAAAGAUUCCAAGGAGGGAAGCAAGACUGCCGAGUUGGGAGCAAUCAUCAACUUGAUGGCCAUUGAUGCUUUCAAAGUGUCGGAAAUUUGUGGUUACUUACACUUUUUUGUGGGUGCCAUCUUGAUGCUUAUUAUUUGUAUCGGUUUGUUGUACAAGUUGUUGGGUUGGAGUGCCUUCGCAGGUGCUGCCGCAAUUGUGGUUCUUUUGCCUGUCAACUACAAGUUCUCGCAGUGGGUGGGUGAAGCUCAGAAAACCAUGUUGAGUGUCACCGACAAGAGAAUCCAAAAGAUGAACGAGACCUUCCUGAGUAUUCGAAUUAUCAAGUUUUUCGCAUGGGAAGACAACUUCUAUAACGCAAUCAUGAAAAUUAGACAUGAGGAGUUGCAUUACUUGAAAUUGAGAACCUUGUUAUGGGGCACUCAGGCCAUGGUCUGGUUUGUCAUUCCAACUUUGGUUACUGUUCUUUCUUUCUACUGUUACACCAUCAUCGAAGGUAAGCCUAUGACUGCUCCAAUUGCCUUUACUGCCUUGUCUCUAUUCACCUUGUUGAGAUCUCCAUUGGAUCAGUUGGCUGAUAUGACAGCAAUUGUCAUCCAGUCCAAGGUUUCCCUUGACAGAGUUAGCGACUUUUUGGAGGAGCCUGAAACUUCCAAGUAUGAGCAGUUGGACCAAACUCCAGGACCUAACUCUCCAUUGAUCGGCUUUGAAAACGCUUCCUUCUCAUGGAACUCCGCCUCAGCUAAGGACUUUAAGUUGAAGGAUUUGAACAUUUCUUUCAAGGCCGGCAAGUUGAAUGUUGUCAUUGGCCCUACUGGUGCCGGUAAGACUUCCUUGCUUCUCGCUUUGUUGGGAGAGAUGGAAUUGACUGCUGGUAAAGUUUUCUUGCCUGGUGCUAUCCCCAGAGAUGAUUUGGUGGUCGACCCAAGAACUGGCUUGACUGAAUCUGUCGCCUACUGCUCACAAUCUGCCUGGUUGUUGAAUGACACAAUCAAGAACAAUAUUAUUUUCGCUUCUCCUUUCAACCAGGACCGUUACGAUAAAGUAGUUGAUGCCUGUGGUUUGACCCGUGAUCUCCAGAUUUUGGCUGCCGGUGACCAGACUGAAAUCGGUGAAAAGGGUAUUGCAUUGUCUGGUGGCCAGAAGCAGAGAGUUUCAUUGGCUAGAGCCUUGUAUUCUAACUCCAGGCAUGUUCUUUUGGACGACUGCUUGUCUGCUGUCGACUCGCACACUGCCUUGUGGAUUUACGAGAACUGUAUUUCUGGUCCUUUGAUGGCCAACAGAACUUGUAUCUUGGUUUCUCAUAAUGUUGCAUUGACUGUUCAGAACGCCGCAUGGGUUGUUGUAAUGCACAACGGUGUUAUUGAUGCUCAGGGUCUUCCGGAAAAAUUGUUGGCAGAUGGUAAGUUGGGUGACGACGAGUUGGUCCAAACCUCGGUUUUAAACUCUCGUUCUCAAUCGACCACCAACUUGCAAUCAUUGGACUCCAAAAACGCAGAUAUGAAAGUCAAGGCUGCUGCUAUCGAGGAUAAGUUGAAGAAGCUUGCCGGUGAAGAUGAAGAAGAAAUCAUUAAAUCUGAUGGUAAGCUUGUUGAUGAAGAAUCAAAGUCCGAAGGUGUGGUGGAUUGGAGUGUCUACUCCGGCUAUCUCAAGGAAUUCGGUGGAUGGCCCACUUGGACUUUGAUCGUCCUUGUGUUCGUACUUCCACAGAUUAUUUAUAUUCUGCAAUCGAUUUGGUUGAAGGAAUGGGCCCAAACUGGAACUCAAGUCACUUCCAACAUCAUGACUGUGGCUGGAUUGACUAACAGCAACUCUGCUGUUGAAUCGAGGCCCGCUGUUGUUAAUGCUUUCCUCUCAUGUGCUCAGAUGGUGAUCGGCUCGUUUGCUCGUGCUUCCUCUUCCAUUGUUGCAACUGCCCAGGCUGUGAAGGAAAACCACUCCACUAUGUAUUACAUCCUCAUCUACGGAGGAAUUGGUCUUGCUUACUCUUUGCUUGCCACUUUCAGAGUCUUCUUGACUUUCCUCACCGGUAUCAGAGCUUCCAAUAGAAUCUUCAAGCACGUUUUGACUACCAUCUUGACUGCCAGGUUGAGAUUCUUUGACAAGACUCCACUUGGUCGUAUCAUGAACAGAUUCUCGAAGGACAUUGAAUCUGUGGAUCAAGAGUUGACUCCAUUUGCAGAAGCCACCUUCGCCUGUCUUGUUUCUUGUGUUUCCAUUUUGAUUCUUAUUACUGCCAUCACUCCAGGGUUUUUGUUCUUUGCUGUCAUCAUUGCAUACUUUUACUACUUGGUUGGUUCUUACUACAUUUCUCUCUCCAGGGAGUUAAAGAGAUUCGAUUCCAUCACGAAGUCGCCAAUUCACCAGCACUUCUCUGAGUCUUUGGUUGGUGUGGCAACUAUCAGAGCAUACGGUGUUGAAACCAAGUUCAUGAAACAAAACUUGACCGCAAUCGACAACAAUAACAGACCUUUCUUCUACAUGUGGGUUGCCAACAGAUGGUUGUCGUGGCGUAUUGAUUUGGUUGGUUCAUUGGUGAUGUUGUUCGCCGGUGUCUUCGUAAUACUCUCUGUCGGUGCGAUCGACGCUGGAUUGGCUGGUUUGUCGUUGUCUUACGCCAUUUCGUUCUCGGAGAAUGCUUUGUGGAUUGUUCGUCUUUAUUCGAACAUUGAAAUGAACAUGAACUCUGUAGAGAGGUUGCAAGAGUACUUGGAUGUUGAACAGGAACCUCCAGCAUCUAUCCCUGAGACUGAGCCAAGAGCCUCUUGGCCAGAGAAGGGUGAAAUCGAUGUGAAGGAUGUUUCCUUAAGAUACGCUCCUGACUUGCCUAGGGUCAUUAAGAAUGUGACAUUCCAUGUGAAGCCCUGCAACAAGAUUGGUAUCGUGGGCCGUACAGGUGCUGGUAAGUCCACCAUUAUCACGGCAUUUUUCAGAUUCUUGGAUCCAGAAACCGGAUCUAUUUUUAUUGAUGGCGUCGACAUUUCAAAGAUCGGAUUGCGUAACUUGCGUCAAGCCCUCACAAUUAUUCCUCAGGAUCCAACCUUGUUUACUGGAACCAUCAGAACCAACUUGGAUCCAUUCAAUGAGUACGACGAUGAGCAGAUUUUCGAAGCUUUGACUAGAGUCAACUUGAUUGCACCAGGAGAAAGGGAAUCAUCUCCUGCCGAUCAGACUGGUGAUAAUCAGAACAAAUUCUUGGAAAUUGAAUCAGCAAUCACUGAGGGAGGAAACAACUUGUCUCAGGGUCAAAGACAAUUGAUGUGUCUUGCUAGAUCCUUACUUAAGAGUCCCAAGGUUAUCUUACUAGACGAAGCUACUGCUUCCAUCGACUAUAAGUCUGAUGCCUUGAUCCAGCAAACAAUUAGAGAUGAGUUUUCCAACUCUACCAUCUUGACUAUCGCUCAUAGAUUGAGAUCCAUCAUUGACUAUGAUAAGAUUUUGGUCAUGGAUGCUGGUAAGGUUGUAGAGUAUGACGAUCCAUACGUGUUGAUCGCCAACAAGGAGACCUUAUUCUACAGUAUGUGUGAGAAUAGUGGAGAGUUGGAUGUUCUCACCAAGCUUGCCAAGGAGUCUUAUGUGAAGAAGAAGAACAGCUCCAAGUGA